UGUUCAAACAUAUUGCUUCAGAGAAAAUUUCUUAAAAAAGUACAAUAAAAUAUGCCAGCCAUUGAAAUCAAACACCUUUUGAAUAACAGGUUGUCAGACAAUGAUAUCAGUUUGUUAUUAUGUGUAUUGUAUAUUCCUUUGGGAAUAAUAAUACUUUCACUCAGAGCAAUAUUACUUCUUGGAUUAUUCUUAUUGGCUCAAAUUUUGCCAGAUACAAAAAAUGUCCGGAAAUUCAUUAGCAAACUAGCCUGUUUAGCAGUGGGAAUAACACUUCAAGUAGAAAAUUGUAAGACCAAGGAAGCUGUCAAUGUAUAUAUUAGCAAUAAUUUAUCAAUAUUUGAUCAGCUGAUAAUUUCUACUGCCACAGGAUCAAUAUCACCUAGUGCACGAACAACCCUUGAAAGAGUUUUGGGAUUGAGCUCAUAUUGUUUCACGAAUAUUGGAAAUUUAGAUAAAUUCAAGAGCAAUGUGAACAAGUUCAUAGUGGAAAAUCAAACUCCACUUUACUUCGCACCUGAGGGAAGGCCUACUAAUGGAAAGGGUUUGCUUAAGUUCAAAAUUUACCCUUUUGAGUUUACAUCAAAAAUCCAGCCAGUGUGUAUUAGCAUCGAGAGACCAUAUCUGGAUAUAUCAGUAACUUCAAUAGGAUCUUCCUACUUGAGUGAUAUUUUAUAUUUCAUGUUCUGUCCUACCACUAACUACAAGCUGAUGUUUUUGCCUCCCAUCGAGAAACAUGAUCAAACUGAUGAGGAGUUUGCAGAUGUGGUUCGGCGUCAAAUUGCUAAUGCCUUGAAGAUUGAGCCAACUAAUUAUACUUCUACCGACUUAGCAGAGUGGGAGAAACGGAAAUUAGCCGAAGAUCAAGUGAGAGCCCAGGGUCGCAAUACAUCAAGGGCAUUCAAUCCUGAAAUACAGAGGAUGACUGUGCAAGUUAAAGAAGUUCUGCCUCAUGUUCCCUUCAAUGUAAUCUACAGAGAUUUAUGUUCAACUAAGAACGUUGACAGUACCAUAACCAAUAUUUUAGAAGGUCGAAUUCAUUUCACACCAGAGCAAUCUACAUCAACCCACACAGGGACUAGUACGUCUGGUUCAUCAACAAUACCAGCUACCCCUUCAAGCAGUGUUGUAUCUGCCAGCCCAAAUCUGUUUUCAAACACAGCAGCAGCCUCAUUCCCUAAAUCAGCCUCGGAGAGGAGUAAAUCUUUCCAAGAAAGAAAGGAACGACUCAUUGCAAGCUCUCGAAAACGAUAUAUCGAGAAACAUAACCUAGAUAUUUCAUUUUGAACAUUUUUACGGAAAACGGAAAACCAUAGCGUUUGGAUGG